GGUUAUUUAUUGAAACUAACUUUUAUCAGUACUUUCGAAAUUCAUUAAGAUCAUUGGCUGAGCAGCACAAUAAACAUUAGCGACGACAAACAGAUAUUAACAAAACCGCUAAUUAUCAUUACUGAUAAUACUUUUGUGAAGGUAUGUAGUUUGAGUGAAAUAUAUACUUUUAGUGAAAAUAUAAAGGUGUACAUUUUUAUAUUUUGGUCGGAAGUUUCAUCAGUGUUAGCGAAAUAAUGCAGCAACUUUCAGACAUAUCGUUCUCCUUCCUAGCCACUCAGACAUGUACACAUUGUGAGCUACCAGUUACCUGUGGGCCAGUUUACGUGGUUAAUGAUUUGAGCAUUUUGUGUGGACGAUGUCGAAUGAGCGCCAAAGACCAUUACAGAAACUUCGCGUAUGAAGGCUUAGCUUCAACUUUCCUUUAUCCUUGCAAAAACUGGCGCAAUAAUUGUUCAGUAAAACUGCGCUGGAAUGACAGUCUAGAUCAUGAAUAUGAAUGCAACUACGUUGGGUGCUGCACCUUUCUUUGCAGCCAUCCUGGUGCAUUUUUCAAAGGGCAACGUGAUCUUCCCAGAGAUGAAAUUAGACUCGUAUAUGUCCCAGACAACCUUCUAGAAUAUCUGGAAUGUGUGAUUUGCCGAGGUUACCUCAACAGUUCCCCAGUGUAUAUUCAAUCAAACGGCCAGAAUGUGUGUCACAGAUGCAUCUACGCCAAUGGGAAUCCACCUAACUGCCGAAGAAAUGAUGCAUAUGAAAAUUUUAGCCAGAUAUUCCUUUUUCCUUGCACAUAUAGAAACAGAGGUUGUAAAGAGCGACUUCAAUUCGGAAAAGCCGUAUGGAAUCACGAAUCCAAAUGCGAAUAUGGACCAAACUUGCCUCAGAACUCUACAUUUGCAGAGCGAGCAGAACUGGUUCGCAAUAGUUUGAGGCCUCAACAAGAUGCGCAUCGUCUCAGCUCUCGACAACGCCAACCUCAACCUGCUCAUGUACAUUCCUCAAACAAUAAUGAGCGGUCUGAAAAUUCUGAGCCCCAGGAUCCCGUUGUAAGGCCUAAAGAGAAAGGUCUGAUAAGAACCCACACCGGACACAUUUGGGCAACUAUUACGCCCAGUAAGGCACUAUUUGCCCCACCAGAUGAUGAUCGUCCAGAUGUGAAUCAGGAAAUAUUAAAAUCUAUUGCUAAAAAGCAAGUAAGGCAAAUUAGGCGCGCUGAUGAUAUUGGACAGUGGGACGAAAAUGGAGGCAAAAACUGGGACAAUGAAUCGGUUUCAACAAGUACUUCCUAUAGCUACAAAACUAGUGGCCACAGCACACCAGAGCCUUUGGAUUCUUCUCGCAGACUCUACAAUCCUCCUGAUGACUACCAGAGAGACUACCCUACUAGGCCCGAUUCUAGAGAAUCGGGAUAUAACACUGGACUCAUCGGUAACGGACAGUUGCAAGGCCAAUAUCCCAUUUUGAUGCCGCACCAUCUUUCCAAUGGAUACGACUCACCUAGGAGAAUUUCCAGUAGGGAUACUUCCCAACGAGAGAGUGUAAAAGGCAAUGGACUACUUAUAAGUGAGUUGAAAUUGAGGCAAGACUUGAUUAAAAGAACACACUCAAUUAAAGGAGAUAGAGACGCUCAUAGUCCGUACAAGCAAAACAACAACUUUGAUAACAUAAUAGAGCCCAAUCGUCAUAUUAGAUAGAAAACGAGUGUGAUAUCUUGAGGAAUAUGAGCUAUAUGGAGCAAAGCCUGCAGUGCAUUAAUUUGUGUUAAAACUUAAUAGUCAUAAGUGGACGAUGAUGAUGAUGGUUAUUAUACUGUAUCUUGCGUGGAGUAUUGAUAAAGUUCCAAAAUUUAUAUAAAAAUUGUUCGCCUUUGCCUUGCAAACUAAACGAAAACGGAGCUACCAAUUAAAUUUACGCUUUUUGUACUGUAAGUAAUUUAGUUUUUAAAGGUUAACAUAUUUUGCAAUUUUAUGCAGGUAAUAUUCUUUAUGACUCUAAAAGUAGUAGUUAUAUUGUAGUGUAAUUAUUAGUAUGGCCAUGUGUUUACGGUUUUCAUCGAUUGCCUGUACCCUGUGUGUUUUAAAGUCAAAGUCGUUGAAAAAUGAUUUUUCACCAAUUUUUUCAACCCAAAAACGGUAACUUUUAGAAAUGAUUGCGAUUUUGAUUAUUGCAGACUUUCCGUCACCAUUGUAUAUUAAGAUUAGUUUCAAACCUAUUUUUAUUGUUCAAUGCAUGGAGCUUUUUUAUUCAUAUAAGUGUCCCUUUAUCCACCCCGUUGGUAAAAAAUAGUCUUUUGUACAUUCGUUCACACAAAAUGUAAUUUUAACUUUUUAACAUGGAUUAAAUUUGCAAUUUCACAAAAACUCAAUAGUCCGUGAAAAUUGUUGCAUGAUCAUACGAAACAAAAAAAUACAAUUGACUGAUUAAUGUUUAAUUUCUUAAGAUAUUUUUAAUACUCGUGUCGAUCUGAUAAAACUUUUAAUAUUCAAGAGAUCUCAGGCAAAAAUGUCCGAAGUCGUUUGUUAUAAGAAAAAUGUUGUUCUUCGAAGUGGAUUAAUCUAGUUGACACCUACUUGAAAUUCUAAUGAAAGUUUUAUCUCGAUAAGGAGUAUCGUCUGACUAGCCUUGAUAAUGUCAUUUAAUCAAUAACAAAACAUUUCAUAAUAAGCUGAAACAAAGCGUAUUAGCCCAGAACGAAAAGUAGGUACUGACUGCUUCUCUGUCCGGCUGAUGUAAAAAUAACUCUUAUUAUUAUAUAUGAGGCAUCAUAUUGCAUUUUUCUUAAUGCUAUGUAAUAGAUAUAAACAUUUUUUGAAUUUAAUAUAAACAAUGUGUAGUAAA